CUCAACCGGAACCGUCCGGGUCGAAAAAAAGUACACGCCGGAAAAGCCACAAAGCCAAAAGCACGAUGACCGAGGCGGCACGGUCAAUCCAAAAGUGGACGCCAGAGGAGGAGAGCAUAUUGGCGUCGGCUUGGGUUGACGUCUCCGAGCAUCCUAUCAUUGGUUCGGAGCAAACGAAUGAUGCGAUGUGGGAUCGUAUCGAGGAGAAGUUCUUCACGGAGAUGAACAAGGACGGCUUCUACCGAACCCGGGACCAACUCACUUCCAAAUGGAGCCACAUCAACCGUAAAGUCCGAAAGUUUAUCGGAGUUUACGAGGAAUGCUCCCGGUCCCGGAGGAGCGGUACGAACGACGCCGAUGUUCUCCGGCUUGCCACGACCCGGUAUCAAGACGACGGGCACCAAGGUAAGGUGCCCAUCGAUCUUUGGAGGAUUUUGAGUCGUUCCCCGAAGUGGCAACAACUCAACAAUCCCGACGGCGGAUCGUUCCGGAAAAGAUCCCCCGUCGAUGCCGAGGUUGAGGUCGACGAGACUAUCGGUUCUACCGAUCAAAUCCCUCCCUUCAACGUUGCGGAUUCCGAUGACGAGGACCCCAUUCCACGGCCGAUCGGAAGAAAGAAGGCAAAAUCUAUUGCCUCUGGUUCGGGAGGGUCCGCCUCUAUUUCCGCUUCUCCCCGCGACGAAAUCGGCCGGGCAAUGAUUCAACAACUUCGGGCGUUCAAUCUCCAAGAACAAGAGAGGUUGAAGCUAAAGGAGAAGGAGUUGAAGCUAAAGGAGCAGGAGGCCGAGAUGAAAGUCAUGCAAACCGACCCCGCGACGUUGUCGAAGUUUGGGCGAAUGAUCUACGAGCAAAGAAUGAAAGAGAUCAAGGAGAAAUAUAAUUUACCUUAGUCUUUUUUUAUUAAAGUAUAUUUUUUUAA